CCUGGCGUCCCAUGGAUCUGUUCCCAGCGCAGCGCCGGCGGGCGGGACGCGAGCGUGGGGGCUGCGCCGCGAGAAUUGGCGCCUGCGCGGCCGGCCCCGGCAGGGGUAGGCUGCCCCCUGGUGGCGGCAGGAAGGGGCGGGCGCAGCGCCGGGAGCCCGAGAUGGUGGGCGCCGGGGCGCGCGGGGCGCUGCUGCUGCUGCUGCCGCCCUUGCUGCUGCUGCCUCCGCUGCUGCGGGGCGCGGCGGGCGGGCUCGCCGAGAGCGUCGUCUGGGCCGUCAAUGCGGGCGGCGAUGCCCAUGUGGACGUGAACGGCAUCCACUUCCGCAAGGACCCGCUCGAGGGCCGCGUGGGCCGAGCUUCUGACUAUGGCAUGAAGCUGCCGAUCCUGCGGUCCAACGCGGAGGAUCAGAUCCUGUACCAGACUGAGCGCUACAACGAAGAAACCUUUGGCUACGAAGUUCCCAUCAAAGAGGAAGGUGACUAUGUGCUGGUAUUGAAGUUUGCAGAGGUCUAUUUUGCACAGUCACAACAGAAGGUGUUUGAUGUUCGCUUGAAUGGCCAUGUGGUGGUGAAGGACUUGGACAUUUUUGACAGAGUUGGACACAGCACAGCUCAUGAUGAGAUCAUUCCCAUGAGUAUCAAAAAGGGGAAGCUGAGUGUCCAGGGGGAGGUUUCCACAUUCACAGGGAAGCUCCACAUUGAGUUUGUAAAGGGCUACUAUGACAAUCCAAAAAUCUGUGCCCUAUACAUCCUGCAAGGGACAGUGGAAGAUGUUCCAAAGCUGCAGCCACACCCAGGUCUGGAGAAAAAAGAGGAAGAUGAUGAUGAAGAUGAAUAUGAUGAUGGCUCCAACAUUAAAAAACAGGCAAAUAAGAACCGGGUUCAGUCAGGCCCACGCACACCAAACCCCUAUGCCUCAGACAACAGCAGCCUCAUGUUUCCUAUAUUGGUGGCCUUUGGUGUCUUCAUUCCUACCCUCUUCUGCCUCUGCCGCUUGUGAGAGCAAGCCCUACAGAGCAUCAGCCAAGGGGCUGGGAGGGAAGGAGUUGGACUAAACAUGGUUGCUUUCAAUUUCUCCAUAUUGUUUAUAAUUUAAGGGAAAAAAAGAAAAAGAAAAAAAAAGAGGGAAAAAAAAGGAUUUGGAAUGAAAAGCAGGUCCAGGUGAGAGAGAGCUUACCUUCCCCCUGCCAGCAAGCAGCGAGGCCCUCGUAUUCCCCUUCACACCAUGUGCAACCUCUGAUCCUCUCCAGGGCAUCCAAGAGUCCUGGCAGUCUGUGAAUGGAGCUGUUGAAAGCUGAUGCUACCAGCCCUGGGCCGUGUCCUACUCCGAGAGAAAGCUGUGUGCUGCAGGAUCUCUGCCUUUGCUGGGUGGAAUGUGGUUCCUUAAAUGGGGAAGCUGCUGGUAAAAGCAGGCCUGAGCACA